AUGAAGAGUAAAUCAAUAUUUACCAUGUUUAUGCAAUGCGUACUGUUUGUCCUUGGCGAUAAGUGGGAUCAGUAUAACGAUCCGUCGACUUGGAACCCGUCGUUCCGAUACGAGCUCGAUAAACUACCGAUGAGCGGCAAGUCAGGAAAGAUCCCAUGGAGUGAUACGUACUGGCCGAGUUAUCGUGGUGGCAUCGCGAAUCGUUGGCAGGACGAAAAAAACAGCUAUCCCGGCUUCGACUACAAGCUGUAUACGCUAGAAGAGCUGAAGAACGGUAGUGUCGACCUCAACGUCCUAUCGCCGGCCGAGAAGUUCGAUAUUUUCAAUUCACGCUAUGACUACCCGCUGUUGAAUUCAGAGUGGCAUCGCUGCAACCCCAAUGACGCCCGUUGGGAGGGUAUUUGCCACGGUUGGGCACCGGCCGCGAUCCACUACGAGGAACCGAAGAACGUGACGAUGAAAAACAAAGAAGGGCUUGAAAUUUCGUUCGGAUCGAGUGACGUGAAAGCGUUGCUAUCGUACUUCUUGGCACAAUUCGCGUCGGACCACGAAAAGACGCAAUUCAUUGCUGAGCGAUGCAACACGGAUAUCAGCAGCACGCCCCAAAAGGCCGACAGCUCCGAGUGCCGGGACAUCAACCCCGGAACUUUUCACGUCAUGCUUACGAACAUAAUCGGCUUCAUGGGCACAGCAUUUGUCGGGGACGUAGAGCGUAGCAGCGAGGUGUGGAACCAGCCAAUCACCAAGUACGAAUAUAUCCUCGGUAAUACGAGCUCGCCGACAAACACUUCAGCGCCCGGAACGGUCAAGCAACAGUCGGUGAGCUUAACCAUGUAUUACGUUAAAGAGACUCGUCCAUUACCAACAGCACACGAGCCACAGAUCGUCGACAAGAACUACAACUACCUCCUAGACCUUGACGCGGACGGCAGCAUUCUUGGCGGCUCCUAUGAUGAGAGUCAGUGGGAACGCGUCGAUUUUAUGUGGGCACAGGAGGAGCCGGCGUUUUUCGGCUACUUCGAGCAACUUGAUAAGAUCUACAAGGCGUCAAUCGGCGGUAAUGAAAGGAGACGUCUGAUUUCGCAUCGUCCUCGCGUCAGCCUGAAUGACUACCACGCGACGACGGUGACGACCGGUGGUAUCAGUCUGUCAUCGUACAAUGCGAGUACGCGUCGCUCGUGGUUGGUGCCUGUCGACGCUAACAACAGCGUGCGGCUACGAUUCAGAUCAUUCAACACACGCCGUUUCACCGACUAUGUUCGCGUAUUCGAGGUAGAAAAUGGCCACAUCGGUGCACCGAUUGCCGUGCUACACGGUUCGUCGCUACCCAAAGACAUCGUUCUUCGUCCGGGCGUUUCGGUACUGGUCACGUUCAGUGUUGACCAGAAGGCCGCGCACCGCAUGUCGUUGGCAAAGGGCACUGGCUUCGAGCUCUUCGUCCUGUGA